AUGUUUGAUGACAUUAAAGUGGAAGCCAUUGUAACACUUAGCGGUACUGAACUAGUAUUUACAAUACUAUUCAUAAUAUGUCAAAUAGUUGGCUCCGUAUCUAAUAUAAUAUGUAUUUGUUUGGUACGGAAAUCGUCAAUAAUGACCAAACAAUUUCGGUAUAUAUCGAAAAACAGACCCAAACUACUGAUGGCUAACAUAUGUCUAUCGGAUACUAUACUAACAAUGAGUAGUUGGCUAUUUCGCUAUUGUCUACUAUCGGUAACCAUCCGAUUAUGUCCAUUGGCAGCCAAUAUACUACAAUCCAGUCAACUAUAUCUGGAAAACCUAAGUCUAUACGUAACUGGACUAACGUUUACACUGAUAGCAUGGGACCGAUACUAUUCCCUGAGCCGUGUAUUUAACAACCCGUUUGACAAACUAAACACCCGAUUAUUGGUUUACACGGUUUGGCUAAUCGCUGGACUACUUGCCCUACCAUUUAUGGUCAUCAGUUACGUUGAUUACUAUGAUUACCACAAGCGUACGGUUAUGUGCGCUCAUGUAGACAAUUAUCAUCGGUUUGGACUAUCAGACACUACUAUCUAUAUGUAUAAACAAAUACGUAGUUGGAUAGCACUGGUAUGCCAAUUUAUUAUACCAACCCUAUUGGUUACCUGGUAUUCAGGACGGUUAGUAUUUGAAAUGUUAAAACAGUUUAGACAGGAUCGUCAUCAUCCUAAUCAUCAUCGCACCGGUACUACCAGCCCAUCAACUACUACCACAAGUGUAUCAGUAAUACGUGUAACACAUAUUACUUGUGCUAAACGUUGUUAUAUAACUAAACGAUUGAUUACGUGUUUGUUUGUAUUUAUUAUGACAAACACAAUGUACGCUAUUAUCAAACAAUUUAAUAUUACGACCAAAUCGCUGGAUAUUUGUCCAAAAUUAACCCAUGAUUUGUAUUAUAUAUUUUCGAUUGUUUAUCGUUUUACGACAUCAUUGAAUAGUUUGAUAUUUUUCUGGUUUAAUCAACAAUUUUGUCGUCAAUUCAGACAAGUUUUAUGGAAAUGUUUGCUGAAAACAGAUGAUAGAUGUAAUGCAAUAAAUCAAAGGCGACAAACAAUUGAAACAAUUGCUAAACAUUUUGUAACACAUUUGUAA